GCUGUACUACCGAACAGCUUACCCUAACAUGUGUAACAUCUUAAACAUGAAUAGUGCUUUAAUGCUUUGCACCAAUGCUAUGGUAUGUUAUAACGUUCAGAAGAUAACAAAGCUACAAUGUUUUAGGUUUAGCUACAAUAACGCUUACAGUUUGUUGACCUUUGGAAUAUAACUGCUCAAUAGCUCUAUAGAAAGUGAUGCCGCCAUGAACGGCUCUUUCAGAAUGUAUGUCGCGCUCCAUUAACUAUAUUUUACUGGCGUGACAGUAAAAUCUCAUUUAAAGUGUAAUAGAGUUUUUUUUCUAAAAUUACCAAUAUUUUUAUUAUUUUGCAUCUCUAUAGAUGUCACUAUUAUACCUGAGUCCCCUAACCAUCCCUCCCUCCAACUGGAGCAUUAACUACAUCUAAAGGUGAAUACAUGUAACGGCUAAAACUGUAUAACUUUUGUAGAGCAAGUCAUGAUUUGCAAGGUGUUAACUGUCACUGCACUGCUUUCCUUGGUAUUGGCUCAAUAUCAACCAACAUGGCAGUCACUGGACUCACGCCCCCUGCCCUCUUGGUAUGAUGAGGCCAAGUUUGGUAUUUUCAUGCAUUGGGGGGUGUACUCUGUGCCAAGUUUUGGAUCUGAGUGGUUUUGGUAUCGCUGGAAAACUGGGGAGCCUGCUUUUGUAGAGUUCAUGAAGAAGAACUUUCCACCCAACUUCCAGUAUGCUGAUUUUGCUCCAAUGUUCAAGGCAGAAUUUUUUGAUCCUAAUAUUUGGGCAGAGUUACUGAGCAUGUCUGGAGCAAGAUAUGUAGUGCUGACCAGUAAACAUCAUGAAGGAUGGACAAACUGGAGAUCAAAUGUAUCAUGGAACUGGAACUCUGUUGACAAUGGACCACAUAGGGAUCUAGUGGGUGAACUUGCCCAAGCUGUCCGAAAGAAUACCAACCUGGCAUUUGGAUUGUAUCACUCACUUUUUGAAUGGUUUAAUCCUUUGUACUUGAAAGACCAAGCCAACAGUUACCAUACUCAAGAUUAUGUCAAGGUUGCUGAUUUCUUUUUCACGUCAUGUUAUGAGGUGCUCUUACCUGAGCUCUAUGAUUUAGUCAACACAUACAAGCCAGAAUACAUAUGGUCUGAUGGAGUUGUGGGACCAGACACCUACUGGACAAGUAGAGAGUUCCUUGCCUGGCUUUACAAUGAAAGCCCUGUAAAAGACACUGUUGUUACUAAUGACCGUUGGUGUAGUAAUGGCUGUUCUUGCCACCAUGGUGACGUGUACACAUGCAAUGAUCGCUAUAAUCCUGGUAAACUUGAGAAUCAUAAAUGGGAAAAUGCUAUGACUGUGGACAAGUUGUCUUGGGGCUACAGACGAAAUGCAGACAUUAUGGGUUAUCUGACCAUUGAGGAGUUGUUAUAUCAGCUUGUAUCGACGGUCAGCUGUGGAGGAAAUCUGCUGAUGACUGUUGGCCCCACUGCAGAUGGAAGGAUAAUUCCCGCAUUUGAGGAGCGUCUGCUGCAGAUGGGACAAUGGUUGUCUGUGAACGGUGAAGCUAUUUAUAGCAGCAAACCAUGGAAGGCUCAAAACGACACUGUUAACGAACAUGUCUGGUACACCUCCAAGAAUGGUACCGUGUACGCCAUUACCCUGCAGUGGCCGUUCACCGGUGUACUCACUCUCGGAGCUCCCAUCUCCACUGACAACACUCAAGUUACCAUGUUAGGUUAUGAAAGAAAGUUCGAUUGGAAGCCAGCGACCGACAAAGGCGGCCUAAUAGUUACAGUUCCUUGCAUUCCUACCAACAUACUGAAGUCUAAAUGGGCCUGGGUUUUUAAGCUGGAAUAUGUUCACUAAAUCCGCGUAGCUUGGGUUUCGUGACCUGCGAUCAACGUGAAAACAUUUGUUUUUCUUGGAUUCAACUAUCACCAAAAUGUUUCCGUUGUAGGGGUGAUUUCUAUGUGAUCUUGUGCUAGCUUCGUGAUACUCGUAGGAUUUUACAGCUUGUAACACUGAGACUCGAAAUAAGGGAGAAAAUAAAAAGAUAGGAGUUUUGAAGAGCAAA